AUGGCAAACGCCUUGGUUGAGGAAGUAUCACUGGGAAAAAAAUCUGACAACGCUUUUCGAGAAGCUAGUAUGAAUAAAGUAGCAAAAAUUGUGAUGGAGACAUUUUCUGUGCAAGUGGAUAAAGAAAAGUGCAGGAAUCGGUUACGAACGCUUAAAAAGAAAUAUAACUUGGCAAAGCUUGCACUUAGCAAAAGUGGCUUCGGUUGGGAUGAAGAAAGAAAAUGUGUUACCACUGAACUAGACAUUUGGGAUGAAUUCAUCAAGGUAAAACCUAAAGCUAUUCAUAUCAGAAACAAGCCAUUCCCACUGCUAUCUCAGUUUGAUAUUAUAUGUGGGGACGAUUCUGCUACCAGGAACGUAGCACGAACUACAUCCGAUCUUGAGGAAGAAGUCCUCCAUUCAUCUCAUUACAUGGAUGACAUCCCAUUGUCCUCGUACCCCUCUAGAUCAUAUACACCAUUUGCACCAUGCGAUGAUGUAUAUUUCGACGGAACACAAGGUCAAUAUCAAUAUGGCGAAGGUAGCGGUCAAAGGGAUGUGAGAAACUCUACUCCAAGGCCAUUAAAGAAGAAGAAGAAUGCUUCUAUUGCAUCAACUGUUAUUGAAAAGUUUGAACGCAUGCAGGAAACAAUGGAUGAAUAUGUUUCAUUCAAAACUAAAACAGCAGGAAGACUCUAG